AUGCAUCUUCAGGGCUCCCAGCACACAAGCUCGUCGGGAUCCGGUCAGACGUCAAGCUCCCAGUCCGGUCAAUACCAUCAGGCCGAGCCCCGUACGCCAUAUGGUCCACGGUAUCAGCAAUCCACGAACCCGAGCUCUUGCGAAAGCAGCAAUGUGGCUUUGAAUAACAUGUUCAGUCGUUUCUCCCUGCAAAACUCUCGCUCCAAGGCCGGUGGCUCGAAAACCGCUGCUUCUGCCCCAAUGAACACGAACAUGGAUUGGUCGAGCUCUGCUCGUGCCUACAACAGCCCUUUCAUCCUGGUCCCGAACUCGUCCGUCUUCAAUGGUGUUCCGACCGUGUCAUCUUUCGUUUCCAAUCCUGUCUCUGGCCAGAAUGAUUCAAUGGGCCAGUUCUCAUAUCUCUCAACUGGUAUCUAUCCCACUGUCGGUCCCAUGAUGGCUGGUGCAUAUUCUUCCUGGCCUUACAUGGUAGGCUAUGAUAUACAGGACGGAAAACCCGCCAAGCCAGGUAGCUGGAACAUGUCCGACGGCCAGAACGGACCCCAGACUGAGAAUGCGGGCCAGUUUCAAUACUAUCAUCCUUCUGCUUACUUGCCCUCUCUUGAUAGCGGUUCUAUGUCCUCUGUCGGGAGUUUCCCUUACGGUGGAAUGUCUCCCCCGUUUGGGUCACUCUCGCUUCCUCUCCAGAUGAUGAAGACAUCAAGCGGUUAUGCUAUUCAAGACCUGGAGGCCCUCACCCAACAAGAUCCCGCCAUUCCUCGCGCGGUGCCUGCCAUGUGGACCAACCCUUCCGAGUUGACUCUCGCCAAGUGCCUGGAGAACCGGGAGGGUAUUACAAACAUCUACAUUCGAGGCUUCCUACCCGAGACCACUGAUGAAAUGUUACAUGCUUACGCUGCUCGGUUCGGAAAGAUUGAGCGCUGCAAGGCAAUCGUGGAUCUGGAUACCAGUCUUUGCAAGGGGUUCGGAUUUGUCCAAUAUUACAGCUUUGAGUCAUGCGAGAACUGCAUCCGCGGUUUCUUUUACCUCGGCUACCAGGCCAGCUUUGCCCAAAAGUCUCGCAACUCUCGUCUGAAGGAUCUCGAGGACCGGUCUUCUACGAACAUAUAUUGUACCAAUAUCCCAAUUGAAUGGACCGAGGCUGACCUUCGCAAUCAUUUCGAGCCAUGGCGCGUUGUGUCGGAGAAAAUUAGUCGGGAUGAGAAGACAGGCGUGAGCAAGGAAGUGGGAUUUGCACGAUUCGAAAACCGCGAGGUCGCUGAAAAGGUCCUUGCUGAAUUCCAUAACGUCACCAAGGAGGACGGCGUGAAGUUGCUUCUGCGAUUCGCUGAUACCAAGGCUCAGAAGAUCUUGAAACAACAGAGUAAUGAGCGUCGGGCCUAUCGUGCAGGGGAGUACAACUAUUCAGUCGAGGUGGUGCAAGGAUCUACUCCCUCUCCUUCGAUGCGUCGUGGCUCUCACCUCACUCCAAACUCUCAAGCCAGCUAUGUCUCUCCAGUUGGAGCAGGCUCAGACUGGACCCCAGCCACCACAAUCUCCCCAUGUCAUUCACGGUUGAAGAAGGCAUCCAGCAGUGCACGGGAUAGUUCGCUGUCGUCGCGGAGUCUCAACGCGCUUGACAUACCCUCUCGCCAUCACGAGCGAUCCCUUUCGCUGGACCGUCGCUCUUGCACUGAUAUCUCUGGUGGCUCAUCCAAGACUGCCAUCCCAGAGACAUCCGUGGAGCCAUGCUCGUACGCUUCGACCCCUCGCAAGGAGAACAAGAGAACCCGCUCUGCUUCCGCCGAUUCAUCCCCCAUGAUUAUUCUCUCCCCUAUCCGGUCGUGCGCUUAG